AUGGACGCGGUACCCGACUCAGAUGGCGAGAAUUCGCUUCCUGUAUUGUCGGUGGCUGCUAUUGAUACAGAACUGCUACGGCGUUUGUUUGGUUUCUUAUCAUCAGACACCAAGCAUCGCUUGAUAGAGGAGGCCCAGGGCACUCUGUUCGAGGAGAUGUAUAGGCAUAUUGAACGAGGGAUACCGCAAAGCUCACCUGAGAAAAUCCUUAUCCAGAGCUCUUCUCCCCAGAAGGAGUACCUGCUCAUGGAGAUUUCUCAAAUCCCGGAGGCUACGCCCGCAUCACAGGCACAGCUUGAAACCUCGCAGCUUGAGACGCCUCGUAUUUUUGGAAGAUCGCUACGAAGAAGAACAUUUGCAAGCCGACAUCCCUAUGUGGCCGACCAGGCUGACUACCUCGGAAUUUGCACCAUAGAUGGUCUCAACGAGAUGUUCUCUGAAGAUGACGACUUAGUAAGCGUUGCUAAAGUGCUUAAUCAGCUCUACCUAAAACGCAAAAAACGAUAUCCUGACGAAGAGCGUUACAAGGCAAGAAAUUUCUACGCCCACUUGGGCAAGUCCAAAGCAAUGGCUCUUCAAGGUGACCCCGAUGCAGAGAGCAUGGAGCUUCAAGACGAGAUUCUGUCCUCACAGGCCAAUUACGAACCUGAAAAUAAUUCAGAUGAUGAGGACCAAGAAUUGAUUCCUUUCGAAGAUAUAGAGCAGCAUAAGGUACCUCCUAGGGUACACGACCUGGCGAGCGAUUCUGAGGACGAGUCAGACAAUUUGAUCGACGUUCAUAGCCCACUACGUGAAAAGCAUGUUUCUAAGGUCCGGAAAUAUAAACUGAGUAAAAAAGUCAGACGUCUUGAACGGCCCAGAAAGGGACUUGCAAUACGAAAGGCGGGAUCUGGUCUUACUGGGACUAACCCUCUUGAACAUGAACUCGAUCACUUUAUCCAGCCCGAUGAUGAGCCGGAGGAAUACACACCAAAUCAUAAAGCAUUUUUCCAACCACAAAUCACUUCUUACCAUCUGGAUUUGUCAGAAAUGGUGCAAUAUGUGAGUUCCUCAGAUUACAAUAGUGAUUCAGAGAGUGAUAUCUUCUCAGAAAUGGAGGCGGCAAAUACUAGCAUAAGCUCAGACAUCCAGGAGCCGCAUCACAACCAUCUAGAUCACUAUUUUGAAGGUGCUGCCCUGGAGGCAGACCACAUCAAUCCAUUAUUUGCAUCCGGUGUUAAAUCUAAACACCCUAAGAAAAAACCGCAGUCACGACUUAGCAUUCAACCGCCUAAGAGGCGUAAGACGGCAUUACCGGAAGAUAAACAUCAUUCCAUUCAACACAAAUUGGAGACUUCGAACUAUUCAUCUCGUAGCGUGAAGUCACGGAAUAGACAGUCUGGAACACGGAGGGCAAGCUAUGGCAGUCUCAAUUCGAGGCGACGUAUGCAACCUCUUACUCAAAAUAAUGGUGCCAAAAAUAGACAAGCACUACGCCCCAAGUCCAAGACUGUGGGCAGGCUGAAUCAGAAACAAAGUGUGCUCAGCAUCAAUGUUGACUCAGACUCAGACAAGGAAAAUAGAAAUGUCGUAAAGGGUGUCCUGUCACGCCCAUACAGAGAAAAUAAAUUCCUUGCAACGACCGCUUUUGAAGUUGAAAGCUUGACGAAAUUUGUAUCCGAGCAUAAAUCCUACAUUGCUGGCAUUCAACCAGCUCAUUUUAACCCCUCGAGGUCAUCAUUAUUUUCAGACAACCACUUCAACUCAAGUGAAUCGAUUCUAGCAAUCCUGGAACUAAGACGUGUACACACAAUAGGUGAUGGUUUCAUCUUCUUUCCUCACGUUGAUACUGUUUCUUUCUCACUAGCGGGCAGGUCUUACGUAUUUGGGCUCUUUCAAGAAGAAUCCUCUAAGAGUGAACUUGUUAACGUCCUCUUUCAUCUACAGAAACUCAUGUUUCUGGUGAAAGCUUUAUUAAACGAUUUUGUUCGCAACGAGAUGAAGGUGGCAGUACGAGGAAUAACUAAGUGGCUCCUUAUUCAUCGUCAGUCUAUCUCACACAGUAUCUGGGAUAUACUUGAACAGAUCCUUGAUAAUUUCACCAAACUUCAGACGAAGGAAAUUCGCAAAAAUCAAACAUUCUUUUAUGCUAGUCUUCUUUUCAUUUUUUAUGUCGCAUGUCAGUUCGAAAAGUUAGUUGUGACAGGUUGUGACAAAGAAGCUUUCGAGAAAUUUCAUCGCUUUUGUACAGACUUUUGGUCUACACUAUUUCGAACUUAUGAUCCAAUGGACUUGUCAGCGGCAUAUUCUGGCGAGCAUCCAAGUGAAUUGCUCGAAUCCCUUUGCAUGAUGAACUUUAUAUUCAGCGAUAAAAGAGAAACCUGGUGGCCUAGUGUUAAUGAAGCCCUUCAAGAAUUGAACCCCCUUCUAGAUUCAAGCUUCGAAUCAUUCAAUAUGAUGUAUACCUUGGCCUCGAUGUGUCCUCCGACUAAAUAUAAUUGGUCGCCAUUUGUUACAAUUCUCAAUACCUUUCAAUCAACGAAGGAUGCUGAAGCGCACCAUGACUUCAUCGAUGUAUGUCAAUUGGUGCACAACAACCUAAAUUGGCCACUUGAAGAGAGAUUAGUGCUCUCACUAUACUCGUCCUUUGCUAAGCGAAAGUUCACAAACUUCGAGAGUGAAACUUCCAUACCAACAUCAAUUGGUUUAGUUCAAUCAAGACAUGACUUACCACAGGAUACAGUGUUUGAAAGAUUUUUGGGCUUUGUUUAUGAGUAUAUCUCAGGGCUUUCAGAUCGCAAAGAAGUUAAACGAUUGAUAACCAAGCUCGUGGCGUCUAGCCAGUAUCAUUACCAGAAGGGACGGAAAUACCAAAUCAUGUUCGUCAACAGACUAAAUUUGAUGUUGCUUUUGUUCCAAAUCUCUGACGUUGAGUUGAAAGGAUUAUUUUGCAGUCUCAUCGAUCAGAUCAUUGAGUUCAAGGAUAUGUUCUUGUUCUCUCGUGCCGUUGACGCAUUCCAUGCAUUCGUCGAGAUCUCAGAAAGAAAGCAACAGGAAAUACCGACAGUGGCAUUCGACUCAUUGUUGAAGUGCUUCUGUACAUCGUACGAUAGGAUUCAGGGAAUGCCUUCUCUUCUUAAAAAGCUCAUUGAUGAUGGUUUGAAUUUGAUUGACAACUCUAAAAUUAUGCAAACGCUUAGGUUCUUGAAAGUUUUUGACUUGAGUUCAAUCCCUGACAAGCUAAGGAGUGGAAUUUUAAAUCGCAUCCUUUCCUUUGCAGAGGUGUUGAGAACGCAGGGUUCUCCUGGAGAGAAUGUGAGUGAACUUGUCGAGAUGCUAAUCAGGUCCAUCAUUUCAUUUUUGAGCUCGCAAAUGAAUAGACUCCCGGUGAAUGUGUUGCAACACGAUGCCUUGAUCGAGAGUACCAUUGAAAAAUCGAUACAAAUCUGGAUUCACCUUGCGCAUGCUAAUGAUACUCAAAACUGGAACUUUAUGAUGUUACAAAAGUAUCAAUACCUCGGAAACGAGUAUCUGCGUGAAAGAUUUGCAUUGUAUUUUUGUUGGGUUUACCUAAAUCAGGGCAUCACAUCUCGUUCGGUUAUUCUUGAGAUGGACAAACUUCUCUGCAAAGCAAUAAUUGCCACUUCUCUGUCAAAAUACAUUCCUCUACUUUUCACAUCACUUAGCAACACGGCAGGGUCAUUAAUAACGUUCAGAAAUCAAUCGGAGCCACAUCAGUUACUGAUUCAAGGGCAAAGGUUUCAAAUUCUUUCAAAUGUUUUGCAUCAAUUAUCUAGAAGUUCUUCGAUGGUAAAAAGCGAAAAAGUGUUACUCGUCGCGGAUAUGGUCAAGCAAUUGGAGGCGGAAUAUAAUCUUCACUAUGACAAACCGCAAGUGAUUGAAUUUCUUCGUCGCAUCAUUAGUGUGAUGAGCUCAACAAGUAUUCAGCUCCUUGAGAAUAAUAGUGACUUUUGGGCAGUGUCAGAGAAGCUAGGAUUUCCAAGUAAGCGAUUGCAAACAACAUGGGCCCUGUCAAGUAACAAGGAGCGCAUUCUGAUGCUCAACGUUGAGUUCGUGAAUGCAAUCAGGUUUGAGAAAAGCUAUGCUGAAGCUCUAGGAAAGUGGAUUAGCUCAGAUAACACAUCGCUUCUUUAUGCUUUGCUAGAAAUUUAUCUCAUGGCAGCAAAAAAUCACGAACUUUAUUGGGCACAUGUGUGUUACCUCGUUAAGUAUAUUUACUUUCGACUACAGUGUUAUAUGGUAAAUGUGGUUGACAGACUGUUUGACAGGCUAUUAAAAUUGAUGUUAAAUGUUGUUAGAUUGGCUUCACCAAUGGAAGAUACUCCCUACGUUUUGUAUCAGGUCGAGGCAAUAUCAAUUUGCACUGGCAUUAUGCAUUUUGGUAUUUAUACCUAUGAUGGUUAUGAAGAGCUCGAUCAGCAUCUUCGACACGCUGACUUGUUUUUGGCAUAUUUUUCCGGGGAAAAGGGUAAGGUGAAUCAUGGUUUAUUUACUGACACUACCCUUGGAGAGCUAAAGACCAGUGAGGGCCCCGCCUACUUACCUCCUCAUGAGCAUACCCCAGAGGAACACAAAAAAGCCAUUCAAUCACUACAAAUGUGCAAAAGACGGCUACAGGACAAAAGACAUCAAACGUGGAUGAAUCAGCAACCAGCAGAAGACUUUGACUCAGACUUCUCUGAUUAUACAAAGGAGGUCUUGGAUAUAACAUUUUAG